CUCUUCAUCGGCAACUACACCGAGUGGCACAACCGCGAGACCAAGCGCAAACGCGAGGCCGACGAGUUCGCCGCGAUGGAGCGCGCCGAGCGCGAAAAGGAAGAAAAGAAACGCCGCCAGGCCGAGCACCGCGAGCGCGAGCAGGCCCGCACCAAAGCCGGACCCACCGCCAACUCCCUCUCCCGCCUCAAAACCGAGCAGCUCGAGAAGCGCAUCGAAGAGCUCGAAACAAAGAUCAAAUCCAUCGACGAGAAGCUCGCCUCGCCCGACGUGUGGCAGAACCACAGCAAAGCCGAGAAGCUCGGCAAGGAACGCGCCGCCCUCGUCGAAGAGCUCGAGCCCCUGGAGUUCGAGUGGAUGAGCCGCGCCGGCGCGUGA